AUGUACCCUCAACCACAGAAAAAGCAUAAAGCUCUCCUACCAUGGAAGCCCCCUCUUUCAAACCCUCAACAAAUUCUUACCCCAAUUUGUUUUACCUCUUUUGAUUCAAUUUCUUCUCAAUGGGAAUCGCUCCCUCCUCCUCCGCCACCCCUCUCACUCUUACUCCGCCAUCCUCCAUUUAUUUCGAGAGACCUUCCUGUUCAGUCUGUAGCAGUGGGUGAUAAACUAGCAGUAGUUGCGGGUACGACACAGCAUCUAGCACCCGCUUUACCGAAACCCUUGAUAUUCGACCCAUCUACACGGAUCUGGACUUAUGACCCAUCCAUCUCAGUUCCAAGAAGAUGGUGUGUAACCAGAUCACUUAAUGGAUCCUUAUACAUAGCAAGUGGAGUCGGGUCUCAUUUCUCGACGGACACAGCAAGAUCUGUUGAAAAAUGGAACCCAUCUGCGAAUAAUCGGAAAAAUCUUAUGAAGGCAAAGUUUACUUCGUUAAAAACUAGACUUCAAGAGUUUUCCAACGACAUAUUAUAUGCCUAA